AUGAGAGAAGGCAGAAAUGGGGGCUAUGGCAGGGAGGCUCCGUCGUGGUGGCAGCGACCAUGGAGUCACCCGAAAAGGAAUUUCGCACGGCGUAGGGAAGAGGAGCAAACAGGGCGACGACGUGGAAAUUCUUUCUGGGGUUCCAAACGACCUUCAAACCAGAAUUUGGGACAGCAACGUUAUGGAGGUGCUCGUGCUGGACAAUGGCAACAAAAUGGAGCUUUUAGGAAUUAUUCAGAAAGAGGGAUCCGGAGAGAUAGAUCAGGGAGGUUUCAAUCGCAUUGGCAGCCAUCACCAAAUUAUCAAGGGGGUGCUACAAAAUCCAGGCAACAGCAAGGUACCCGUCUUCAGACAAGAAGCAAUGGGACUCAGAGAUCCAAUCAGUUAAAGGAGUCCUUCUCGGUUUUUGUGGAUGGUUUGGGAGAGAGGAUGACAUUACAGAAAUUAAGAGCAAUCUUUGAGAAGGCAGGGAGGCUUCGGCAUGUGUUUAUUCAACAGAAGAAGAAAUAUCAACGGCGCUUUCGCUUUGGAUUCUUGCGCUAUUACAGUGAUGUUGAGGCAUGGAAGGCGAUUCGCAUGUUCCAUGGCAUGCGAUUAGACGGUAACUAUCUUGUGGUUCAGAAAGCGAAGAUUCAACGACCAUUUUCCUCCCCUGCGGUUCCUUCAUCAGGGACACAUAAUUUUGAAGCCAAACGGAAGGUGUGGAGACCAAAAACUCAGCAGCAAAAGAAUGAACAAGGUUUGCCAGCAGAGAAUAAGGUUACUUCGUUUCAGGCACAAGGUGUUGCUUUCCAGUCUGACGGGUGCCAGCUACGUUUCGCAGCGUCUGAUGUGGAUGACAAAUGGGUCCAGAGAUGUGCUAGGGCACGCACACUGCUGUCUAUGCCUGUGGAAGACUUACAGGAACAAUUCAGUCAGAUUGGCUUGUUUAACUUUCGCUUAAUCCCGCUUGGUGCAGAUGAAGUGCUUUUGGAAUUCGAAAAGAAGGAAGAAAUGGAAGAGACAAUUGCAGAGUGCGGUUUUUUCUUAGAGCAAAAGUUGUACGAUAUUAAGCCUUGCAAUGUCUUUUCUUUUGGCAUCGUACAACAUGUCUGGAUACGUCUGUGGCAGGUUCCGUUGGGUUUAUGGACUGAAUCGUUUUUCUCUUCUGUUGGAAAUAGGCUAGGGACCUAUGUUAUGUCUGAUUCAGCUACUUCUUUGCGCCAUAGACCUGAUUUUGCUCGCAUUUUGGUACGUAUGCAUCAUCCAAUUCUACACAGUUUUACCAUGUCGGUUGAUGUUAGCGGAACGUCGUGCAUAAUUUUGGUUGAGAAGGAUCUGGUAGCGUACGACUAUGGGACAGUAGAGGUCAUGCCGUCGACGCCAGUCAAAAUCUACAACUCAGAGGAUGAUGAGAGCUAUGAUGACGGGAGUUUGGGGGAUGUCGGUAGAGAGGAUGGUGCGGGUUUGUUGGAUGUGCAAAACCCUUAUGAAAAAGAUUACGAAUCUGCAGUUCAUGAUUAA